AUGUCUUCUUCCUCCAGCAAAUGGGUCCCCUUGGAAGCAUCUCCAGAUGUAUUCAACGCCUGGUCGACCCCCCUGGGCCUUCCAUCCUCUUUGACAUUUCAAGAUCUCUUUUCUCUCGAUUCCGAAUUCCUCCAAUUCAUACCUCACCCCCAUCGAGCGGUUUUACUUUUAUUCCCAUCAAGGGGGAAGCUACACGAUGAACGUGAGAGGGAAGAGAAGGAUGGCGAGGGUGUAUGGAAGGGCGAGGGUGUAUGGUGGAUUAAACAAACUAUUCCAAACGCCUGCGGCUCAAUAGGUCUUCUCCACGCCCUACUGAACUUGCCUCCAAAAGGACCGGACGCUUUGAAUCCAGAUAGUCAAUUGAUGAAAUUCAAGUCUGCUUCUUUACCUUUAUCGGCUUUGGAUCGAGCGAAGUUGCUCGAUGAAUCGGAUUUCUUCACCCAGGCUCAUACCACUGCUUCUCAAUCUGGACAAUCGUCUAUUCCUGAUGAUCUUGAUGUCGAUACGCAUUUUAUCACUUUUAUAGAAGCUGUCAAUGAGAAGGGCGAAAAGAGGAUUGUGGAGCUUGAUGGAGGUAGGAAUGGGCCAUUCGAUAGAGGACAUAGUGAGAGCUUCUUAGAGGACGUCGCCAAAGUAGUUCAAGAAAAAUACUUCGAUAGAGCAGAAGGUGAUACGAGUUUCAAUAUGAUUGUACUUGCUGGUCAGCCAGAGGAUUAG